GUGCACAGUUUGCAGAGUGUUUGUACACAAAUCAGCAAAAACCUGUUUUAACAGGAAAAUUCAUGCUUCAGAAUUCAGACAUAAAACGAACCAUGGUAUUCCCCAAUAUCCAUAGCCUACAUUCGCUUAUAUUACGUGCCCAUGUGAGACAGACCUCAGUUAGUAAAGUAACAAGUUACAAAGUAAGUUUAUACCUAGUGAAAUUUGUGUUGUGUGCGUAAAGAAAACUUUAAAAAUUGUUUUGUUUCAGAAACUAGAACAAUCACGAAAUUCCCACAAACAACACUAUUUCAGUUAAACUAUUGCAAGAAAAACAAAAGCCAAAUCAAUUAAAUAAAUAUGGCAGAUACUACAAGAAAAGCUCUAUUUGUUUGUCUUGGAAACAGCUGUCGAUCACCUAUAGCAGAGGGUGUAUUCCAGAAGACAGUGAACAAAAUGGCCCAAGGGCAUCUGUGGGAGAUUGACAGUGCGGGUAUAGCAGACUGGAAUGUUGGCUAUCCACCCACCAACAGAGCCAAAAACACCAUGAAGCGACAUGAUGUGCCAUACAAUAAUGUUGGCAGACAUAUAACACAGGAAGAUUUCAACAAUUUUGAUUUCAUAUUUGGCAUGGAUGAGAGCAAUAUGAAAGAUCUACGGGAAAUGGCACCCGACGGAUGUAAAGCAAAAAUAUUUUUACUGGGAGAGUUUGAUCCAGAGGGAGAAAUAAUCAUAAGAGACCCAUACUUUGACAACCAUGACAGGGGUUUUGAAAAGUGCUACCAGCAAGUGGUGAGGUGUUCCAAAGGAUUUUUAGAAUGGUUGGAGCAAAGAAGCGAUAUGUAACACGUGUGAUAACAAAAUUAGAAGAAGCAAAGAAUAUGGAUGUGACAAGGAAUUAUAAUGGAACUAGCCUUUAAUAAGUUUAA